AUGAGCAARURUCCCAAUAAGCACAAUCGUUUGUACAUGGAAGCUAGGMCAAUGGAGGAAGGACUUGCAGAGGCUAUUGAUGAGGGGAGAAUUGGGCCUCGGGAUGAUUCCAAGAACCAUACAGGAAGGGAAAACCCAAAUUGGAAACAAGUAUUCUUUGCCACCACAACCAGGCGCGACGUUGGUGGCGACGGUGGUGGUGGAGGAGUACUAGCCACUACUCUUCUUGAUCAUCAAUCCAUUAACCACACCUUAUUCAACAAUUUUCCAACUGGGAAUUGUAGUACGAAUCAAAGGAAAAGGGGAAUAGAAUAUGUGAUGAAUCAAUUCAUGUCGAACCACCAUCAACAACACUCUAUUUCUUCUCAAUCCUCUGGUUUUGCAUCUUUGUUAUCAGAAUACUUAUCCAACCUAAUCCAUCAACAAAGAGAUGAAAUUGAGCAUUAUCUUCAAGUGCAGGUAAGAAUUCAUUAA